CGGUUGUCUCUCGUUGGCCAUGUCGCGGACUGUUCGACCCCAACGGUCCAAUGCGUCGCUGAGGACUUCGGCGGACAACCUCAACUUGGCGGCUGCGCGGGCAGACUCGCCAGGAAACGCCUCCAACUCGUCGCUGUUUGAUGAUGAGUACCAUAUGGGCGGAGCCGGAGGUGGGGCAGGUCAAGGAGGAGCUGCCGAACGGGCUGCGCUGACAGAAGACCAGCUGGAUGCGAUCCAUGAGAAGGUGCUGCGGGCCGAGAACCCGUCGGCACCGCAGAGUGUGGUGGUCUUUGACCUCCGCAAGGGCGCCUUUGCAGAGAUCCCGACAGUGGACCAUGUGCAGAACCACUUUGAGCUCGAGGCCAAGAUCUUCCACAAGAGCUCGGACGACGCCAAGCGGCAGCGGCUGUCGGCGCAGGCGGCAGAGGAGGCGGCUGAGGGCGACUCGCGGCUUCGCAACGAGUUCAACUUUUCGGAGCGGGCGACGCAGACGAUCAACGCGUCGACGCGUGAGCGCGGGACCAACACCGAACCGCCGCCGCGGCAAAACUACAAGGCGCUGGUCACGCAGUGGAGCAUCUACGACACGUUUGUGGACGACCUCGAGCGGAUGCGGCGCGAGAAGGAGAAGCAAAAGUCGCGGGUCCAGCUCUCGUCGCAGGCCAUGGCGUCGUUCUCGUCGUUUGCGGCCGGCGCUGGGCGCGGUGACCGCAAAAGGCCGGCGCGUCGUCGUCGUCGGACCUGUACGGGCACUCGGAGUCGAUGGUCUCGCUGCUCAAGGUGAUGGAGCGGAUGGUGAACCUCAACACGUACCAGGCCAUUGCGCACGACUACAAGUACCUCGAGUUUCCGCUUGACAAGCUCGCGUCAAACGCGCUGACGGGAACGCUCAUGCCGCUGUGGGAGUUUGAGUCUGCCAAGGUCAAGAAGCGGCACGUGACGGCGCUGGCGUGGAACCCCGAGUAUCCGGACCUGUUUGCCGUUGGCUUUGGCUCGUACGACUUUGGCAAGCGGCGGCGUGGGCGGGUCUACUGCUACACGCUCAAGAACCCGUCGCACCCCGAGUACGCGUUCGAGACCGAGUCGGGCGUCAUGUCACUCGACUUUCACCAGCCGCCGCACUCGUCACUCCUCGCCGUCGGCCUCUACGACGGCUCAGUUCUUGUCUACGACAUCAAGGUCCGCUCCAAGGAUCCGAUCUUCCGCUCAACCAUCCGCAACGGGAAGCACACCGACCCGGUGUGGCAAGUCCAGUGGCAAGAAGACGACCUCUCUAAGAAGCACAACUUUUUCUCGGUCUCCUCCGACGGCCGCGUCACCUCGUGGACGAUGGUCAAGUCGGACCUCGUCCACACUGACAUCAUCGAGCUCCAACUGGUCGACAACGUCAAGGCCGCCGCCGCUGACGAGGAGGCCGCGCUGUUUGGGCUCGCCGGCGGGCUUUGCUUCGACUUUAACCACACUUUCGAGCACCUGUUCAUUGUCGGCGUCGAGGACGGGUACAUCCACAAGUGCUCCAAGGCGUACAACUCACAGUACCUCGAGACGUACGUCGGCCACGUCGGCAUGAUCCAUGCCGUCCAAUGGAACCCGUUCCACCCUUCCAUCUUCAUCUCGGCCUCGUCGGAUUGGACCGUCAAGAUCUGGGACCACGCGCUCAAGACGCCGCUCAUGUCGUUUGACCUCAACAACUCGGUCGGCGACGUCGCGUGGGCCCCAUACUCGUCGACCGUCUUUGCCGCUUGCACCGCAGACGGCAAGAUUUACGUCUUUGACCUCUCCGUCAACCGCCAUGAGCCGCUCUGUGACCAGAAGGUCGUCCGCAAGGCCCGGCUCACCCACCUCGCCUUUAACCCGGACCCGGACAACUACACCCUCAUCGUCGGCGAUGACCGCGGCGUCGUCCGCUCCUUCCGCCUCUCGCCGAACCUACGCCAGAUCGCAAAGAUCGAAGAGCCGAAGCCGCAGUCGCUCCUCCUCGACGCCCCGCUCGACGCUGACCUCGACGCCAAGCCCAAGGCCAAGCCCAAGACCCGUGCAGAGAUCGAGGUCGAGCGCCUCGACGCCAUCUUUGCUGCCCAGGACAAGUCAGUUACCAUGAUUGCAUGAGCGAUGCAGACGUAAAGGCAAGCGCGGCAG